AUGGAACACAUAGAACCCGCAAAAAAUCGCAGUCCAGAGGACUCAGAACCCAUUUUUCAAGCUCCACCUAUAGAAGACAACGGCACGAAAAACGGCUCCCAAGAAACUACCUGUAAGUGGGUGGGAUGUUCAUGGCCUCUGCAGCCGUCCCAACCGGCGCUCGUGUCUCAUAUUGCCGAAAGACACUUGCGGUCUUACUCAAUGGAGGAAACAAAGUCGAUCGCAUGCCAUUGGGCAGGAUGUGGAGAUUACGGCGUUCCCAAAUUCACGAAACCAGGAUUGACCAAUCAUCUUCGGAUCCACACGGGAGAAAAACGGUAUUUCUGUCCCAUUCCCGAAUGUGCCAAGUUUUUUGGUAAGCAGGACGUGUUGGCUAGACAUAUCAAAGCGGCUCAUGAACUCCAUGCUACCAAAGAAGGCUUGGUGCUUAAUAGAGAUCGGGUCAAACGAUUAAAAGUUGAUCAUAAGGAGGAAGGUGAAGACGACGACAUUACUCCCAUCGAACUAGACGACGAAUUGAGGACUCCUUGGUGGUAUUCCCUGCUAUUUGUAGAUACCUUGAGAGAUAAAGAAAAACCGGUUCACUGGAACGAUUUACUCGAUUCUCCUAUAAAUGAAAAAAAGUAUAGGGCAGCCGUCGAGAGGUACCGCCACCAAGUGGGCCCCGACCCCACCACGGAAGAGUCUGAUUUUACCUCCAAUAUUGAACAGCUCCAAAAAUCUCAUGAAGUUCUCGAAAGACGCUUGAAUGUUGCAACUAAAGUGUCAACCAUUCUCGGCCGAGAACUCGACCACUACAAAAAAGAAAAAAGAAAACUAUGGAUUGCCAACCAGAUCCUCAUCGACGCCAACGUAAAACUUGGUCUCUCACCUCCGGUCAAACCAGACUCCACCGACGAGUUCAUCUUGGAAUCGAAAUUAUCUUAG